AGUCAGUAGCUUCACUCAGCUAACUAACAACUUCCCGAUCAACUUGUACAUGCGAGCAGUGACAGCAGCAGCGAGCAGUCAGCACUCAGCUCAUGAUACUUCAUUAUAUUUAUUAUCUGCGUUUUAGCUUUCAGACUCCAUAUACUUAGUGUUCGUCAUUUGGUGACGAGUUUUAAUUCACGUAAAAUGGUGUUUUACUUCACAAGUGCCGUAGUGGACCCUCCCUUCACAAUCUAUAUGGGAAAAGACAAGUAUGAAAACGAGGAUCUUAUCAAGUAUGGAUGGCCUGAAGACAUCUGGUUUCAUGUGGACAAACUGUCCUCUGCUCAUGUUUAUCUGCGAUUGCCAAAGGGUCGAACCAUAGAUGAUAUACCUCCAGAGGUGCUGAUAGACUGUGCACAGCUGGUGAAAAACAACAGCAUCCAAGGCUGUAAGAUGAACAACAUCAAUGUGGUUUACACUCCGUGGGCCAAUCUGAAGAAAACGGGAGACAUGGACGUCGGACAGAUCGGCUUCCAUCGCCAGAAAGAGGUGAAGAUUGUGGCGGUGGAGAAGAAAAUCAACGAGAUAGUAAACCGUCUGGAGAAAACGAAAGAUGAAAGAUUUCCUGACCUGGCUGCAGAGAAGGAAUCAAGAGACCAGGAGGAGAGGAAUGAGAAGAAAGCUCAACUCCAGGAACAGAAGAGGAGAGAGAAGGAAGAGCAGAAGAGGAAAAAAGACAUGGAGGAGCUCAGGAACUAUUCUUCACUGAUGAAGAGUGAAAACAUGAAAACUAAUGAGGAUGGCUACGAUUCAGAUGACUUCAUGUAAGAGGCGAGCAGACGGGCGAUCUGCUGUGAGGACGCUCCCUUGCUGCUUUUGCUUGCUGCAACUCUGCGCUGACACUGAAAAAAGAACAAACAAAGAUACAUUUUGCUUUUGGACACUCAGAGCAGAAAGCGAACCAGCGAGAAACGGCCCUGGGACUUGUGGAACAGAAACUGCUUUCAGACCAAACCGAGCUGGCUGACCUCUUCAUCGCAGGAGGACACUGAAUGAAGACACAGGACAACAGGAACCAUGAGGAUCAUUUUAGGGAAGAGACAUUCAGCAGAACAUUGUUUGAUGGGGGUUUUCACUGCCAUAUUGACAGAUGUUGCUAUAACUGGAGUUUGUAUGAGUGUGUUUGAUGUAAUUACUCAUUUAAACUUGAAUGCAAACUCUCCUGCUCCCUUCUUCAUGUGUUCAUUUCUCUGCAUGUCAGAUCUUAUUGAGUAGAAUUCAUUGUCUGAAUUGCACACACUAUCUGUUGUUAGUAACUGAUGCUUGCACUGUGAAAUAUUCUGCUCAUGCAUUAAAAACAGUGUCAGUCUA